AUGGUGGUUGAAGGGCAUCUACCACACUCCCCAGACUACGUGGAUUCUAAGACUUCCGGGCUACUGGCACUCAGACGAGGGCCUAGCUCAGUCCCAGCUGAAGCCAGACCGUCACGAGGCCUCACGCUCAAAUCCAUCGCCGUCCCUACGUGGCCGGCUGAGGAUCCCGGCCUCACAGGCAAACGUCCAUAUCCUUGCAUUUCAGCUCACGGGCUAGCUCAGAUUUGCAAUAAUCCGACAUCGCCAUCCGCAACUGAGGAGCGCGUGGUGCCAGGCAAUAUAAAGGCGCAUGGCCCAAUGGGUGGAACGGCGGGUCAUCAUUUUACGCGCAGGUCAUCACUGACACUUCAAAAUCUGGCUGGCGCCUUUGGCUAUUACGGUCUGCUGCCAGCCGAAGGUGGGGAAUCUCAUGGCGCGUCCUCCUUAAUCCGCAGACAUGCGGAGUCCGCGCCAUUUUUCAGCUCAGUAGUUUUCAAUGUGAUUGAAGACCAGACGUACGCUGCGUACGGUCUCAAAGCGGCCCGGCGGCAUCAAAGAAUGCUCAGUGAAAAACUCCAGUCGCAAAACUCUUUUUCUGCAAAUGCUGAUCCGAAAACUAACGUGACUAGCCUCGGCGAGGACGUUUUUGCAGGUCAGGAAGCAAACUCAAGAUGGCGCUUUGGCGACAUUGAGUGGUCAUCUGUUGCUUUUAAACCGGCGAUGUUGCGCAUUGGGCUGGCAUAUUCUGGCCUGUUCAACUUUUCUCCCGAUAUCAGAAGAUGGCAGCCAAGUGCGAGCUUCCUUGGUCGCGCCCAGCGUCGUCUGUAUCUCACGGUGGCAGCUCGGGGACGCCAUGCGCGGUUAAAUCUCCGGGAUCAAAACCUGCAGGGUCCGUCACCGUUGUUGAACCGCAACGCGACUAUCUGGGCAGUCACGGCAGAGCCUACCGCGAACAAUACGCCUCAUAACUUUGGUGUGGAAGGAUUCUUCCGGCACGGCAUGACUCACCAGCUAUCUCGAGCGGCUGAAGUGCCCUAUGACGCCACAGCCCUGCUCCGCGCGAGGACCACUAAGCCUCAACACAGGGCAAAGGACAGGAAUACCCAGCAGAUAAUGGCCAGCUCCGGGACGAGAGCGUGCUUGAGUGGGUCGAUGCCGUCUGGUUUGGCUUCCUGGACGCGACGGUGUCCUAUCGAAUCCCAGAACCGGUGCCAGAGGAUCUCAUCAGUCCUUUCCGGACUUCGUAAAGAAGUACCAUCUCGGGAUGCCGUUAUACCAUCUUCUCUGCACUUCCGGCGUGUAAUGGCGGACAUGAUCACCUCCACCGUCAUCCAAUAUAUCGGGGUCCCCACGCGCCGCACAGGAAAGGAACAAAGGAGCUACAUCGUCCCCAUCGAAAGUCCAUUCAGCGCUCUGGCGGAUGGCGUCAGGAAGUCACCAACGGCAACAUGGUCACCAUUCCACGCCCUCUUAGACAAUCUGCGGCUUCCCGCUUCAGCGAACAAAUCCAUCUUCCUCCGGAAUGGCAGUAUGUCACCAAUGCUAGGCCGCGCUCAUCAACGACACCGGUCAUACUACGGCGGCGUGACGCAGACCGGCGUUGCGGCGCAGGAGCCAAUGGUCCCGGGGACGGCCGUUAAUGCGCCUGGAUGCGCCGAACUGCGAGCACUGCGGCACAAAGCUAGUGGGGAGUGGGUCGGGAGUUCGGAGAGGCGAAGGCUUUACAUGGCGAGGAAACAGAAGCGUCUCCAUGCCGAACGCCCUGCACUGGCCUGCGAGAUCGUCGAGUUUGCAAGCGUACACCCUGCGGGCGAAUUUCUGGGCGGAAAUCCUGCGCGGAGGGGUUCAUCGGCGGCUUCGCCAGGCUCCGGGGUUGGGGCCAGCGUCUGGACGGAAGGCGCUACUUGGCGUCAGAUUACUCACGACCUUGCUUUGGGAGUAUACGGAUGA